AUGAUGAAGGGAGAGUUUGCCAAAUUGACAAGCAUUAUUUGGACAUUACACAGACGAGUUACCAUGCUGGAAGAAUCACAUCGAUUUCCAGAAGUAUAUGAUCGAGAUGAUCCAAUGAAUAGGGAAGGAUCACAUAUUCCUCAUAUAUACGAACAAGAUGAACAAAUGAACAGUGAAGGAUCACAUUUACCUGAUAUAUAUGAUCGAGAUGAUCAAAUGAAUGGGGAAGCAUCACAUUUACCUGCUAUAUACAAUCGAGAUGAUCCAAUGAAUGGGGAAGGCUCACAUUUACUUGAUAUAUACGAUCGAGAUGAUUCAAUUAAUCUGGAAGCAUCCCAUUUUCCUAAUAUGUACGAUCCAGAUGAUCCAGUGAAUGGGGAAGGAUCGCAUUUUCCUGAUGUAUACGAUCGAGAUGAUCCAGUGAAUGGGGAAGGAUCGCAUUUUCCUGAGAUAUAUGAUCGAGAUGAUCCAAUGAAUGAGGAAGGAACACAUUUUCCUAAUAUAUAUGAUCAAGAUGAUAUAAUGAAUGGUGAAGGAUCGCCUAUUACUGAUAUAUAUGAUCGAGAUGAUUCAAUGAAUGGGGAAGGAACACAUUUUCCUGAUAUAUACGAUCCAGAUGAUCCAGUGAAUGGGGAAGGAUCGCAUUUUCCUGAUAUAUACGAUCCAGAUGAUCCAGUGAAUGGGGAAGGAUCGCAUUUUCCUGAUAUAUAUGAUCGAGAUGAUCCAAUGAAUGGGGAAGGAACACAUUUUCCUAAUAUAUAUGAUCAAGAUGAUAUAAUGAAUGGUGAAGGAUCGCAUAUUACUGAUAUAUAUGAUCGAGAUGAUUCAAUGAAUGGGGAAGAAUCACAUAUUUCUGAUAAAUAUGAUCAAGAUGAUCCAAAGAAUGGGGAAGAACAACAUAUUCCUGAUUUAUAUGAUCGAGAUAAUUUGAUGAAUGGGGAAGAAUCCCAUAUUUUUGAUUUAUAUGAUCAGGAUAAUCCAAUGAAUGGACAUUCAUCAGAUGAGAGAGAUCAGCAGGUGGAUGAGGUGACAGUCAUCUUUACAUCCAUUCCCAUUUAUACAAGUCGUACUGACGCAGAGCAAGCAACUGUCAAGCCUAAACGGUGCUCCAUAAUGCAAAGGAUUAAGAAAUUAUUCUGCUGUUUCGGGAUAAAAAACACCUACAAAGAAGACGACUGA